GCAAGGCACAGUCGAUGCAUUGCCCUGAUGAUAGUAUUUGAUAAAUAACAGGAGGAAGCAAAGAUCUUCAAGUAGGUUGCUUCGAUGUCGGGCACAACACCCUCUCCUGAGCCCGGGACCGGGAAAAACUAUGGCGUUCAAAUCGCUUACCGUACAUUAUCAGUUCGCGCCGAAGAGAAACAGAGCCGAACGACUUCCAAAUCUCCGCCAGACCCAGCGGAUGCAAUUGCAAGCAUAGAUGCCCAUCUACUGAGUGUCGACGAGGUAUAUACCCGGUAUUCCAGCCAUCCCACAGUCGGUUUGGAGUCUGCCGCUGUUCUUCGCAGGGAGAGUGAUGGCAAGAAUGUCAUCAGUCCUCCACCUACCGUCUACUGGAAGAAAGCGCUUAAUUAUAUUUUUGGUGGCUUCAAUUUCCUGAUGUGGAUCGCGUUCAUCGUGACUAUCCUCUCCUAUGCACCACUCGGGCCUCCUGAAGCUUUCACUCUUGGUGUUGCUGUGCUGUUGCUCCUCGUCAUCAUUGUUUCUGCUACAUUCUAUGCUUUGGUCGAUUGGAACGCGAGCAGAAUCAUGAAGUCGAUAAAAUCUCUAAUUGCACAUGAGGCUGCGGUCAUUAGGAACGGAAAACAGCAAAUAAUCAAAGCUGCUGACAUUGUAGUUGGUGAUGUUGCUGUGCUCAAUGCUGGCGACCGUGUCCCGGCCGACAUGCGUGUCGUGCAGGCAUCGUCCGACCUUCGCUUUGAUCGCUCUCUCCUGACGGGUGAAAGCGAAAUGGUACCGGGAGCUCUUGAUGCAACAUCCGAGAAUGCUCUGGAGACUCGUAACCUUGCGCUGACUUCUACUUUUGUCGUGCAAGGGACUUGCCAUGGUGUCGUGUUCGCCAUAGGAGACAGGACUGUCAUGGGACGCCUUGUCAAGAUGUCGGGAGAAACAAAGUUCAAGCUUACCACUAUCCAAAAAGAAGUGUGGUUUUUCACGAAAAUCAUUUCGUGUCUCGCACUCUUUUUCUUCAGUUUGUCAAUUCUUCUAUACGGCGUUUGGUUACGGACAACGUAUCCUGGGUAUGAUGCCACCGCGUCUGUUGCCAUCGUAAAUUCAAUUGGCUGCUUGACUGCUUUCGUUCCCCAGGGCCUCCCGAUUUGCGUGGCACUCUCGUUGACUGUUGUUGCCCGUCGCAUGGCUAAACGUCAAGUGUUGGUCAAGAACCUGGCGACCAUCGAGACGUUAGGAUGCAUGUCUGUGUUAUGUUCCGACAAGACAGGCACGUUGACUGAGGGAAAGAUGAUGGUAGAGAACAUUGCCUUCCUCGAUGACGUGUUUGGUGUCGAGGAAAUUAACGAGAGGGUUACGAAGGCAUCAGACCCUACCGUAUUUUCUGCUUUCAAGGCACUCCAUCAGAUCGCCAGGCUUUGCAACGGCGCGAAAUUCGACGCAACGACUAACCACCUUCCUGUGCGGGAUCGUACGAUCAAGGGUGAUCCGACUGAUACUGCUCUUUUGCGUUUCUCCGAGGCCCUUUCAAUUCCGGAGCUUGGUGUGGAUGCCAGUACUCUUCAGCAAGAUUAUGAGAAGAAGUUCGAGAUCCCUUUCAAUUCCCGCAACAAAUGGAUGCUUUCUGUGUUCUCCAAGGUCAACACUGCUGAAAAGAACGUAGAGUCGACAUGGAUUUUCGUCAAGGGAGCUCCUGAUGUUUUGUUCCCUUCCUGCAGCAGUGUGCUACAGAGUGAUGGGACGGUUAUCAAGUUGUCAAGUAAGGCGAGGCAGACGCUUGCCACGCUUCAAGAGGAUUGGUCAAGCCAAGGCCAACGAGUACUCAUGCUAUGUAGGAAACCCAUGGAAGAAAUCAAGACUGGACUUCAACCGAACGACAUGGAAGAUCUCAUGUACCAGGAGAUGUGUGAUUUAACAUUGGUUGGUCUAGUUGGAAUCCGCGAUCCCCCUCGCCCGGAUGUAUUGCCGUCGAUUGGCAUCAUUCGACGAGCUGGAGUUCGAGUAUUUAUGGUCACUGGUGAUUUUAAGCUUACUGCUCUAGCUAUCGCACGUCAGGUUGGUAUCAUUACCCAGCAUGGUGUUGACAGCAUCCAGGAUGUCCAAGCCGCUGCAUCUGAGAAGCUCUCGCCGAAAGAUUAUCAUCUUAUUAAGCCAUCCGAUGAUGAUCCUAUCCGCUCCCUGGUACUUACAGGAGAAGACGUCGCAUCUCUCACACCGUUUGAUUGGAAUGUCAUCGUCGGGCAAUACGCUGAGAUUGUGUUUGCCCGCACCACGCCUGACCAAAAGAUGAGGAUCGUCCAGGAAAUCAAGGCCCGCGGCGACAAUACUGUGGCUGUGACUGGUGACGGUGUCAACGAUGCACCCGCUCUCAAAGCCGCUGACAUUGGUGUUGCGAUGGGUAGUGGUAGUGAUGUGGCCAAGGAAGCUGCCGCCUUGAUUUUGUUGAAGAAUGACUUUGCUUCCAUCCCUGUCGCGAUAGAGAUGGGUCGGCUGGUCUUUGAUAACCUGAAGAAAGUCACAUUGUACCUCAUGCCUGCUGGAAGUUAUUCGGAAUUCAUGGCGGUCCUCGCAAACGUAUUACUAGGCAUGCAGCUUCCCAUGAACUCGUAUCAACAAGUCUGCUAUUGCAUCACCAAUGAUGUUAUCAUGUCCAUCUCGUUAAUGUAUGAACAGCCGGAGUGGGACUUGAUGCGGCGCAAACCACGCAACGCCAGGACCGAUAGGCUUACGGAUUGGCGCCUUUUCUUCCAUGUGUACUUGUUCUAUGGACUGAUGCUGUGGCCCUGCGCGAUGGGGAUGUGGUUCUUAUACAUGAGCCAGCAGGGCCUCGGGUUCUAUGACGUUAUCUUGGCUUUCAACAAUUGGGGAUCAACCCUGCCUGCCACCGUAAACCCAACCGAGCUCGUCGAUGUUGGUCAAUCCAUUUACUAUGUGACGGUGGCCAUCGGACAGUACGGGACUCUUCUAUCGGUUCGCAACCGCCGAGUAUCGAUACUGCAAUCAAAUCCUUUAUGGGGCCCGCGUCGCAACCUGUUGGUACUUGUCGGCAUGACGGGCACCAUAUUGAUUUGCAUUGUGAACCUCUAUGGAGCUGGCUUCCAGCGGGUGUUUAACAUGAGGCCUAUCCCUGGGAUGUUCUGGGGUAUUCCAUAUACCUUUGCUUUGGGGAUCUUGCUCGUGGACGAAACUCGCAAAGCCAUUGUGAGGAAAUACCCGAAGUCUUUCGUUGCGUGGCUGGCAUGGUAAAUUAGAAAUUAUAUGACGUUGGAAUUUUUUUGUCAGUACUGCUCGGUGUAAAUUAAUUAAUAUGCAAACGUUAUCCACUGCGCAGGAAGGUUAUGCAGAUUGCAUUUAUUUUGAU